AUGUCAAGUGACAUUACUACACGCACAUCACCACACUAUAGCACAAUAUGACGCUUCCGCUCAAGGCCCAAAUGGCGCUUCGCUCGCUCUGGGAGGACAAAGAGGCUUCCGUGCAUAAAGCCAGAACAGGCCUAAAAGACGUCCUGGGAAGAGACGUUAGCUGCCAGCCCGAGUUUCCCAUUCUCUUUGCGGAGCUAGAGAACGUAUACGACGAAAAAGGCGACGUCAUCAAAGCCAUUAUCUCGUGCAUCCAAGUCUGGUACCAGGCCCUUACGGAUUUGGUAGACGACGAGAAGAACGAGGACUGGGGUUACAAUAUGCUCGCAAUCUUCGAUCACCAAAAGGCGUGGCACCUCGAACUAGUUGUCGAGGUAAGUGAAACUUGAGCGAUAUACAACUCGAAGAGUUUCUAUGCAAUGUAUGCUCAGACACCACAACAGGUAGGGAAAUCGACAGUGGCCACGACGCUUUGGAGCGAGUCGCAAAAGGCAUUUGUCCUGACGCUUCCCAAAAGCAAGGUCAUCGACGCCAAGGCCUUUGCCGAGUCCUUCCGGGACGACUUGUAUGAGGAGUUUGAAACACCACUCGACGCAGAGGAGAGUACGAAAUCUGCAGCAGCCACACUGGCAGAUGCAGCUGCUGCCGAUGCGGAAUGGACGGAUGUGACUGAAGAGCCAGCCAAGAAGACACCCGUCACCCAACCUACUACCAGAGACGCCGUUUCAGCAGCGUCACAAGCACAAGCACCGCGCGUGGAAACCGAGCUGUUAUAUCUGCCCAAGGCGCAGGAGCUGGCGCGGCCCAACGACCUGCUCUCAAAGCCACCCUACCGCAUCACCGUGCAUGCGCGCAGCUCCGCGGUCGACAUUCUGUCUAACCAUUCACCGUCUCUCGAGAUGCUCGAGGCGUACAUGACACGAUGGUGCCGUUCCGACUACAACUACACGAACAAGCCGCCAAUUGUCGAUUUGAAAUUGCACAACAGUCCCUGGGGUCUUGGGCCCAUGUACGACCGCCUCUCCAUGACCAUUCCCAAGAACUCGUACCAGGUCGAGUACAUCUCGCCGCUGAUGCCGAUUAGCAUGAUCGAGGGUGUGCUUGGGUUCAAAGAGACGUAUAGCGACGGGUCGACCUGGCAUUUCCUGCGUACUGUCCCUUUCAAGGAGUAAAUAUAAUCAUGGCAUGAUGAUGGUUUGGGUUGGAUGAUAAUGGUUCUCUGUUGUCGGUUGUAUAGCGUUGUACUAAUUUUACAAAACGCCCGUUAAAACUAUGUACAUGAAAGUGAAAGAAAUGGAAAUUGUGCACAGAUAUGCAUGUCAAGCAGUUUCUCUUUUUACAGCGUCCUUUAUCGCUCUCGUUUAUUUGACGGCUUCCUGGUCGUAGUAGAAAUCGCACUAAAACACGGCUGUUAGUAUGUGAUUUUGGUGUAUGGAGAGAAAAGCACAAGAAACGUACUUCGUGGGGGUGCUGCAGGCAGAACUUGGAAGUCACAGGCGUAGCAGGGAUACCAAGAGCAACGAGGUGCUCGCGGAAGUUGUAGAGACGCUGGGUAAAGGUUGUGGUGCGCUUCUUGCCCGUCUUGGGGUCCUUGUUGCCGGACCAGGUAAGCUCACCAAGCGCGGCAGCACGAGGCCACAUCUUACCGCUGAUGAUGGUGUCAUCAACCUGCUCAGACCAGAGGGGUGCUGAAGCGCCGAUAAUGUGCUUGCGCUGGGCCUCGGUCUGGUCACGGUCAAAGUCGUAGUCGUAGAUGCGCUGCCACGUCUUGUAGGGAGCGCACCAGGAACCGCCAAUGCCGCCGUAGUUGAAAGAGGGCGUCGAACCGGUGGGAUCGGGGUUGCUCUGGACGUUGUAGCGGGGAUCGUUGCUGACGUAGCCACCGAAGCCGCAGUCGAGGUACAAAAAGUCGGCAGACGAGACAAUGACGUCGAAGCCGGCAGCGGUCAGCUUGGAGAUGUUGUCAACGCCGUUGUUCCACGACUGCAUGAUGAUCUCGCGCGAAACGUUGGUGGCGUGGGCAUCAGCAGACAGAUAGACAUCCUCCCACAUAAUCAAGCGGCGGUUGGCGCGACCGGUGUUGCCGGGAGAGGUGAAGAUGGGCAUGGCGUGGUCGAGCCAGUACUGGUUGAGGUCAAAAUAGGUGCGGGAGGAGUCCUCAGCGAACCACUCGCGGAUGGGCUUGGAGAAGUUGAAGCAGUUGGUCUGCAGCUCGUCGCCACCAACGUGGAAGAAGUCAUCGGCAAACUUGCCAGAGAGCUCGCGGUAAAUCUUUUCCAUGGUUUCGUACAUCUUGGGGUUCUGUAGAGUCGCUAUCGUUAGUGUUGUGCUUUUACAGCAUUGAUCCUACAAACUGAGUCAAACGUACCAAAACAUCGAGCUGUCCAGGGUUAGGCUGGACUGCAGUGUGGUGAGGCCAGUCGUCGUUGGACCACCAACUCUUUUGGCAGGUGACGAGGCUCUCGUCAAUCUGCUGCCAUCCUGAAGCGGAGUGGCCGGGCAUGUCGAUCUCGGGAAUGAUGCGGACACCACGGGCGCGGGCGUACUUGAUGAGGUCCUUGAUAUCGCUGGUCGAGUAGGUUUCGCGGGCAGAGUAGGCGUCCUUGGUCAUCUCGGGGAAAGCAUCAAUCUUGAUGGCCCAGGACUGAGAGUCGGUAAUGUGCCAGUGGAGCACGUUCAUCUUGGACAGGGACAAGCCAUCGACUUGCUCCUUGAUCUUGGCGGGCGAGAUGUAGUUGCGGCCAGUGUCGACCAUGACACCACGGUACUGGUACUUGGGCCAAUCCUUGACGGACACGGGCUGCUCGAUAACGAGGCCAUUGCCGUCUUCAAUGACCAUCUGCUGCAGAGUGGUGAAGGCAUGGAGGGCGCCCCAGAUGGUCUUGGACGUCACCUUGAUUUCGCUGGAGCCGUCCACAACGAGGGUGUAGCUCUCGUCGACACCGUGAGCAAGCUUGGCCUUCCAGUCGUCGACGCUGACGCUGAUGGAGCUGAGGGGGCCACCAUCACGCUUGGCAGCUCGGAAUUUCGUCGAGUUGGACUUUGCGGGCAGGCUAGAGGGGAACGGCUCAAACGUGGGGAUGGGCUUCUCGAUGGCCUGUGGCACCCAACGGAUCUUGGUGAUAGUCGUGCUGGCGCGCUGCCAGGCUUCGGACAGGAUGCGCUCAGCGCUGCCGCAGUUUCCCUUGUAGUUGGUCUUGAGCUGCACAGAGCCAAAGGGGCGAGGGCCGGAGGUGCC